CCUAACCUUAACCUUAACCUUAACCCUGAUCCUAACCUUAACCUUAACCCUGUAUCUCUCUCUCUACAGUUCCUCCACAGUUCCUGAAAUAACCCCAACCCUAACCAAUAACAAUACACAAAAAUCUAAGCCUACACCCACAUCUACGUUUAUACCUAACCCCCCCUCUUUCAUCUCUCUCUACAGUGCCACCCCAGUUCCUGAACUACCCCACCAAUACGUAUGUCUAACCGUAACCCUAACCCUGUAUCCCCCUCUCUCUACAGUGCCACCCCAGUUCCUGAACUACCCCACCAAUACGUAUGCCUACGAGAGUACGGACAUGGAGCUGGAGUGUGCCGUAACGGGGAACCCUCCUCCUACGGUGCGUUGGAUGAAGAACGGAGAGGAGGUCAUCCCCAGCGACUACUUCCAGAUCGUUGAUGGCAGUAACCUCCAGAUCCUUGGUCUGGUGAAGUCAGAUGAAGGUUUCUAUCAGUGUGUGGCUGAGAAUGAAGCGGGGAACGCCCAGGCUAUGGCCCAGCUCAUACUGAGAGAUCCAGGUAAGAGACAGACCUAGCCAGGCCAUGCCAAGCUAAACUUCUCUCUCUGUGUGUCUCAACUUAAUGUCUCUCUCUGUGUGUCUCAGCUUAAACUUCUCUCUCUGUGUGUCUCAACUUAAUGUCUCUCUCUGUGUGUCUCAACUUAAUGUCUCUCUCUGUGUGUCUCAGCUCCACCUCUAAAUCUCUCUCUCAGCUUAAUACAAACCAACAUACACCAAUAAACACCAACAUACACUAACACACACCAACACACACCAACACACACCGACACACACUGACAUACACCAAUACACACCAAUGCACACCAACACCAAUACACACCAAUACACACCAACAUACACCAAUACACACACCAACACACACCAAUACACACCAAUACACACCAAUACACACCAAUACACACCAAUACACACCAAUACACACCAACACACACCAACAAAUACACACCAACACACACCAAUACACGCCGACACACACAAAUACACACCAACACACACCAAUACACAGCAACACACACAAACACACACAAAUACACACCAACACACACCAAUACACACCAUUACACACCAUUACACACCAACACACACAAAAACACACCAACACACACCAAUACACACCAACACACACCAAUACACACCAAUACACACCAACACACACCAAUACACACCAACACACACCAACACACACCAACACACACCAACAAAUACACACCAACACACACCAACACACACCAACACACACCAACACACACAAAUACACACCAACACACACCAACACACACCAACACACACCAACAAAUACACACCAACACACACCAACACACACCAACCUUUCCUCUACAUCCCUCCUCCAUCCCUCUUCCUCACCCUCCCCUACUCCAUCCCUCUUCCUCACCCUCCCCUCCUCACCCCUCACUCCUCCAUCCCUCUUCCUCACCCCCACUCCUCCAUCCCUCUUCCUCACCCUCCCCUCUUCACCCUCCACUCCUCCACUCCUCCUCACCCUCCCCUCCUCACCCGUCACUCCUCCAUUCCUCCUCCUCCUCACCCUUGCCAGCCUGUAGUCAAUGUGACACCAACUCCUUGUGACUCAAAGGAUGUCCUAAUAUGGUCACCGAAGGCUUGUUUCUCUGUGACACGGCUUCUUCGUCUGGCCCGUAGACACAGAAAGGUCAAUGGGAGGAUGCAGCAAUGACUCAGUGAUGUUGUUGAUUUAUUUUGACAUUCACACGCAAAGUUAUUACUCAACGGAGAAGGGCAAAAUUAGCAUGUGUGAAAUUAUGUUUUGAGUCAGGGUCAGAGUUGGGUCAUAGCACCACAAACUCCUAUCUGUUCAACUCCUAGCUGUUCAACUCCUAGCGGUUCAACUCCUGUCUGUUCAACUCCUAUCUGCUCAACUCCCAGCUGUUCAACUCCUGUCUGUUCAACUCCUGUCUGUUCAACUCCUGUCUGUUCAACUCCUAGCGGUUCAACUCCUGUCUGUUCAACUCCUGUCUGUUCAACUCCUAUCUGUUCAACUCCUAUCUGUUCAACUCCUAUCUGUUCAACUCCUAGCGGUUCAACUCCUAGCGGUUCAACUCUUAGCGGUUCAACUCUUAGCGGUUCAACUCCUAGCUGUUCAACUCCUAGCGGUUCAACUCCUAGCGGUUCAACUCCUAGCGGUUCAACUCCUAGCUGUUCAACUCCUAUCUAUUCAACUCAUAGCUGUUCAACUCCUAUCUAUUCAACUCAUAGCUGUUCAACUCCUAUCUAUUCAACUCAGAGCUGUUCAACUUUUAGCUGUUCAACUCCUAUCUAUUCAACUCAUAGCUGUUCAACUCCUAUCUAUUCAACUCAGAGCUAUUCAACUAUUGUGUGGAAUGUUCUUCCCCUAUACAGCAGACCCCUCGAGCCCACGCCCCAAACGGGUCCCUUCCUAUUCAAUUCAGAGCUGUUCAACUCUUAGCUGUUCAACUCCUAUCUAUUCAACUCAGAGCUGUUCAACUCCUAUCUAUUCAACUCUUAGCUGUUCAACUCCUAGCUGUUCAACUCCUAGCUGUUUGGGUAUAUUCGGACUCUGUUCGGCAUUCUGGGUCUGAUCCAUGUUCUCUGUAUCUCGGGUCCAUUGAUGUAUACACUAUACUGUAUGUCCAAGCAAAAGAAGAUGUUGCUACAUCUGUCCCCUUCUGUCCAGAUAAGGCUAAAUCCUCCCUCCUCCCUCCCCCCUAACCUAUAUCCCUCUUCUAAAUCCUGCUUUUACUUCGGAGAAUUUCAGAUAUCCAGAUUGGUGUCAUUUUAGAGUGUAGCAUUUCCCGCACUGGGAUUUAAAGUUCAGUAAAAACCCUUCCCUAUGCUGUGCCUUGACACACACAUGUCACCAUGCUGUGCCACCCCGUUCCCUUCCUGUUGUAGAUACAGCACCCCGUUCCCUUCCUGUUGUAGAUACAGCACCCUGUUCCCUUCCUGUUGUAGAUACAGCACCCUGUUCCCUUCCUGUUAUAGAUACAGCACCCUGUUCCCUUCCUGUAUUAGACACAGCACCCUGUUCCCUUCCUGUAUUAGAUACAG